CCUCCGAGAGAGAAUUUCUUCCUCUUGGAGGGCUGCAGGCUCAUCGAUCCCGUGCAUGGAUGUCCGCUACUUGCUCCCAAGAAUCAUAUCUCACAAUCCUAUCCCUGAGACCUUGACUACUCGUCUCUAGUGAUGUUUACACGAGAGGAAAUCUACCAGCCAUUCGUCCCGCAGUGAUCAUCGAUCGUGUCACUUCACCUGGAGAGAUUCUCCAUCCAUCUAUCCAACAACAGCUAGCUAGUCCAGGCAUCAACGACAGCCCCUUUUAAGUCCCAAGGAGGAGGUAGGAGUUCCCCCAAACACUUCAGUUACCCCGUCUGUCAUGGAGUCCAUGGCAGCCGUCGAGAUGCCGGUCACCGUGCCGGCAUUCGAUGUAUCUAGCAGGCGGCCGGCCACGGCCGGCCUAGUCCUCAACAGCCCCAACCCGCCGAGCCUGCGCGACGAGCUCGUCGGCGUCGUCGGCAAGGCGUUCCGCCCACGGCGGACCAACGGCGACGGCGGCGGUGCUCGCCGGUGUGCGUGGGCCCUGACGGCGCUGCAGGCCGUGUUCCCGGUGCUGCAGUGGGGGAAGACUUACGAUCUCAAGUCCUUCCGGAGCGACGUCAUGGCUGGCCUUACACUUGCCAGCCUUGGGAUCCCACAGAGCAUUGGAUACGCCAAUCUUGCCAAGCUGGAUCCGCAGUACGGUCUUUACACGAGCGUCGUCCCGCCGCUGAUCUACGCGGUGAUGGGGACGUCGAGGGAGAUCGCCAUCGGCCCCGUCGCUGUGGUCUCGCUGCUUCUGUCGUCCAUGGUGCAGAAGAUCGUCGACCCCGCCACCGACCCAGUGACUUACCGGACGCUGGUGUUCACCGUCACCUUCCUCGCGGGCGUCUUCCAGGUUUCCUUCGGCCUCUUCAGGCUGGGGUUCCUGGUGGACUUCCUGUCGCACGCCGCCAUCGUCGGGUUCAUGGGCGGCGCCGCCAUCGUCAUCGGCCUGCAGCAGCUCAAGGGGCUGCUCGGCCUGAGCAAGUUCACCAACAGCACCGACGUCGUCUCCGUCGCCAAGGCCGUCUUCUCUGCGCUACACGACCCCUGGCACCCGGGCAACUUCCUCAUCGGAUGCUCCUUUCUCAUAUUCAUCCUCGCCACACGCUUCAUCGGGAGGAGGUACAAGAAGCUCUUCUGGCUGUCUGCAAUUUCACCGUUGGUCUCGGUUAUCCUGUCCACGGCCAUGGUCUACGCCACAAGAGCAGACAAGCAUGGCGUGAAGAUCAUCCGCGAGGUGCACGCAGGGCUGAACCCGAGCUCAGUCAAGCAGAUACAAUUGAACGGACCCUACACCACAGAAUGCGCCAAGAUUGCCAUCAUCUGUGCGGUGAUCGCACUCACGGAAGCCAUUGCCGUCGGACGAUCUUUCGCCUCUAUAAAAGGGUAUAAGCUUGAUGGAAAUAAGGAAAUGAUAGCGAUGGGAUGCUCAAAUAUUGCUGGAUCUAUGUCCUCGUGCUAUGUCGCAACAGGUUCAUUCUCUCGAACUGCUGUCAACUUCAGCGCAGGUGCCAGGUCGACGAUUUCCAAUAUCGUCAUGGCCGUCACGGUGCUUAUUGCCUUGGAGUUGUUCAUGAAGCUCCUCUACUACACACCCAUGGCAGUGCUAGCGUCCAUCAUUUUGUCAGCGCUCCCUGGACUGAUUGACAUUAGAGAAGCUUGGAGCAUAUGGAAAGUUGACAAGAUGGAUUUUCUCAUAUGCCUUGGUGCAUUCGUUGGCGUGCUCUUUGGGUCCGUGGAGAUUGGGCUUGGAGUUGCACUUGCCAUCUCCUUUGCAAAGAUCAUCAUACAGUCAAUCCGGCCUCAGGUAGAGGUUCUAGGCAGGCUACAAGGAACAAACAUAUUUUGCAGUGUCAGGCAGUACCCUGUGGCAUGCCGAACACCAGCUAUACAAGUCAUACGCAUUGAUACAUCUUUCCUAUGCUUCAUCAAUGCAACGUUUAUCAAAGAAAGGAUCAUAGAAUGGGUAAGGGCAGAAGUGGAGGCAUCCAAUGAAAAGGCCAGGGAGAGGGUGCACUCAGUUGUACUUGACAUGUCAAAUGUGGUAAACAUCGACACCUCAGGACUUGUGGGAUUGGAAGAAAUUCAUAAGGACCUGGUGUCUCUAGGCAUACAGAUCGCUAUCGCCAGUCCAGGAUGGCAAGCAAUUCAGAAGAUGAAACUUGGGCACGUUGUUGACAGAAUAGGAGAAGAAUGGAUUUUCCUGACAGUGAGUGAAGCAGUGGAAGGAUGCCUAACUGAGCAUAAGGGCAGUGCAACGGAGUGUUGAGUGUAUGGUAGUAAAAAUAACACCAUGUGGUGCGGAUUUGUAUCCACUGAACAUGGUUUACAGCCAAUCAAAUACUCACAGACAGACAGUAUUGUAACAGCGACAGAAAAGUAUGUUUGCAUAGUAAUGAAGUUAACUGAAGUGUUAUGCAGUCAUCUUUUUGUGACUGUAGUCACUU